AUGUCUUCAGGUCGCUUCUUCGAGGGCGCAUCCCAUAUGCAAUUCUAUGGGGGCCAGUCAUUUACGAACGCAAAUAACAUCAUUAACAAUUACAACUAUCCAACACGCGCCGAACUUGAACCUGGAUCGUCGAGCUGUCGCAGGGACGACGGCCAAUGGCUUACUUUGCGUGGAGGACAACGGCUCAGACGGAUAGACAUGUGUGAUACGCUCAUCCUGCGUGAAGUAUCCUCGGAGACGCUUUGCGUCUCGGUCAAAUUGAAGCCCACGAAUCCAUUUCGAAACAGAGUGAAAGACGUUGUGAAAAUCCGGAAAAGGGUCCAAAGCGCGGAAAUUGUUGAAUAUAGAGAUCGACAGUUUACGGUCAUUUCACUUGAACCCGAGGAUGAUGGAGAUGUCGAGAAGGUACAGAGGGUAUUAGAGCCACUUUAUAAAUCUGCUCUUUCUCAACGUCGAGUUGGGUUUACACAACUCUUUGGAGUGGGUAGGUCAACGAUACCAACGCUGAUAUACCACGACGAGGUUGUCGAUGGGUGGACUCUCAUAUACCAGUACGAGAAGGCGCCGGUGGUAUUCCACUACCUGAAGUACAGACUCUGGGAUUCCUUUUUUGACGUGCUAGAUGACGGGACUUUGCCGAAGUCAAUUCCAGCUUCGCCAUCUGGGUGGACGUUCAAUCUGAGGACUUGUUCACCCCAGUAUGACGUCAUAACCACAGCACUCUCCGGUUCUCAAUAUCAAUGGCGGUCCUACUUUGAUCGGCCACUACCAUUUCCACGCGACUGCAACCCACCGCUCGAUUCCAAUGAGAUCAUCCACGCUAUUCCAGACUUCUUACAGCUGGUCCUAUCAUCUACAGGAUUUAACCAUGGAGCCCCCGGUUUUGACCACCAUGACGUCCUAACAUUUGGCACUAUUGUCGAUAUUACAGAACCCAGAAUACUCGCAUACUUCCCUUCCGUCUCAUCUCCGGUAUGGUCCUGUCGACCUUCCCUAAUUGGUACUCCCGACAUCGUUGCCAAGUACUCAACAUCAGUCCCUUCACUUGUUGAUCUCACUUUCAUGGAGGAAAACAACAUAUGGCAAAUGAAACUUCUAUUUUCAUUAAGCCUACCACCAGAAGACCGCCACCAACUGCGGACUGCAUACCUCGUGCAGUCAUUCCCUUUCUACCACAACCAUAAGAACUCCGAGGACUUGGUUUGCAUUGAUCAAUUUCGUGUCUUUCUGACUGCGACCUUUAUGUCUGAUCUGUCAACUUGUGAUUCACCAAAAUAUCUGCAUGUCCCACCUCUAUCUCCCAUCUGGAUCAACGACAUGCCCUGCAUUUGCAAUCCAUUAAACACCCAAUUUUUUUACUGGUCUUUUGACCAAAGUGGAAAGACCCAAAUUCCAGAGGAGGACUGGGAGAGGUAUGGAAUCCCGAGGUUGAGAGUAAACACAUUUAUUGGGUCAUUCUGGGAUGAACUGUCAUAUAACGUAACUCGGGAAUAUCUUUGCUCCAAGAACUAUGACUUCCAGAGUGGUCAACAGUUCGCCAACGAUCAUGGUUAUCUGAUUUUAGUCGCAGGUGACCCUCACAACCAGGCUGAUCAAGAUCACCCAGAAGGAGCCCUUUGUGACUCGCUGAAAAAAAUUAUAGAGAUCGAUCAGUGA